AUGGGUCUUCCAUAUUUCAGAUACACGUUUGGUAAACCAGUGGUUGGCAAUGUCAAAUUACAAGUCAAACAACGAUACGGCGGAGGAUUCUAUGAUCCAGCCGCUGCCCAGACAGAAUUCCCGAUUUACGGUAAGGCCCCUUUCAAGAUCCCCAUGACACUCAUUGGACGACUUGUUCGCUUUCUUGACUCGAAUACCGUUCAAGUGGUUGCCAAUGUUACGGAGACGGCUACCGGCGUCACACAACAGGGCAGUGCAUAUAUAACGUUCUAUAAGAGCCCGUUUGUGAUAGAGUUCUUCCCAAACAUGCCCGACAACUUCAAACCAGGAUUCGGUCCAUAUCCUGUUACGAUACGAGUAAAGGAACGUGAUGAGCGUCCGCCAGUUUCACCCAUGCAAAAGGUAAAGGUAACAACGAACUUCUUCACCGACAAACCCAUUCAAGGACCCAUGCAGAAAAGUGCCUUAACGUUUCCAAAUGUUGACGUCAUAAGCCCAUUUAUUUUGGGAGAUACCAUCAUGAUUGAGGAAAAGAGUUAUGACUUGAAUGAGAAAGGUAUCGUCGAAUUUGAUCUACCCAUACCUGCCAAUACAGCAACCUUUACCAUAAAGGCGGAAUUUCAGGACGAAGUUGUGUACAAGGAGGUUAGCCGUUUCCGCUCCCCGAAUGAUGUGUUCCUAAAAAUAGAAAUGACCAACGCAACAGGUCUUCAGAUCGGUGACAAAGCAACUGUAAAGUUUUCCAGUAAAACAAACCCUUCGAAGCUGAACUAUUUGGUUUUGUCACGUGGGAGUAUCGUUGUCUUUGGAACAGUGCCUUUUUCUGGCGGAUCUUUCAAGUUUAACAUCACAAAAGAGAUGGCACCUUCAUCGAGACUAGUUGCCUACUUUAUUAACACAGAUGGAGAAAUCGUAGCAGAUGGGCUGAACUUUGUUGUUGAAGACAUGUUUGAAAACAAAGUGUCGGUGGAAUAUGACAAAACCCAAGUCGUACCGAAGGCUCCCGUAAAUCUCAAGGUGACUGCCGACUCUGGGUCAUUAGUAAACGUUCUCGCUGUUGACAAAAGUGUCAUAUUGUUCAGACAAGGCAACGACAUAACACCUCAGAGGGUAUGGUAA